AUGUCGAUACUAAACUGGGCGCCGUCCAUUCGAAGGCCAUUCGAGAUGACCGGCCGGCUCUUUCUGUGGGCAGUUCUCCUGCAAAACGUUGCCGUCCAGGCCCUUCAUCAUCAUGAUGCGUUGCGAGCGAAGCUGGAUCUCAUAAAACGAAGUAUGGUCGCAAGAGCUGAUCCUUGCAACGAUUUCUACACUUAUGCUGCCGGAAAUAUCUUUUUUCCCAAUCAGUAUGAUAAUAACUACACGAGACAUCUAAUGGAAUCAAACAUUGGAGAUGAGGUACUCAUUAUUAUGACGAAACGCUUUUUGAUCUUGAUUUAGUUUUGUUUUUUAGUCUUUACGCUCAUUUUUUUCAAUUUCAGAUCCGAAACGUCAAGGAAGUUAAGAAGUUGUUCGCAGACUGCCUGAAGAAUCCCGCCGUGAUGGACGAACCGGGACGUCCAGAUAUAUACAAGGGGAUUGUGAUGUCUUUCAAAACGAAAGGUUUAACUUUCCCAAUGAAGAACGAAGUUGUCGCCAAUGACGACGUCCUUUUUACCAACCUGGUCUUGGAACUGUACACCUAUAUGUUUGAAACGGGAUCGCCGAUUUUUAAUCGAUGGGCUUUCGGUGCUUCAAAUGGGAAUUUAUUUUUGACGAUUCCACCAAAGAUCGACCAAGAAAAAGCUUGGUAAGUUAAUUGUGCAUCAUAUGAACAUAUCAGUUCGUCGGGAAAAUAAUGUGGAUUAAUCGAGCCUUGAAAGCGCCCAUCAUCGCUUUUAUUGCCAGAUUGAGACGACGAGGCGAGAGUUUCACUGCGAUAAAUCCACAUUAUUUUCCCGAAAGACUGGUAUAUGUUGGUGGCGACUGAUGAAUACUGUGGACCGGGGUUGAUUGAAUACAUGAUAAUCUUCAGGCAGGACUAUUGCCGUGCCCUUGGAGGAUGUGCAAAUCGGGUCUCCUACGAUCGGAAUUACAUGGCGGAAGGUUACGUACGGGCAGAUCAUUUAAAAGGCCGCUUCUUCCACCAAACUAUGAAUACAAAAUUAGACGAGACUUUCCCGGAUAUUGCUUUCUAUGUUCCACAAGUUUUUGGAAAAGAUGUAAGUUUUUGGGUUUCGCCUUGUAGCCCCUCCCCCUUUUUGAACACUCCCCCUCAUUUUGAAAAUUGAAAAAAUGAGGUGUGACAUCUUAUACGAUGAAAAAUUGUUUCAAAUUGAAAAGAAUAAGCUGUGACAUCUUAUGCGAUGAAAAAUUUCUUCAAAUUGAAAAGAAUAAGGUGUGACAUCUUAUACGAUGAAAAUUUUUUUCGAAUUGAAAAAAAUGAAGUGUGACAUCUUAUACGAUGAAAAAUUUUUCUCAAUCUGAAAAAAAGUUCCAUCGUAUAAGAUGUCACACCUUAUUCUUUUCAAUUUGAAAAAAAAUUUCGUCGUAUAAGAUGUCACACCUCGUUUUUUCAAUUUGAAAAAAAAUUUCCAUCGUAUAACAUGUCACACCUCGUUUUUUCAAUUUGAAAAAAAAAUUUCCAUCGUAUAACAUGUCACACCUCGUUUUUUCAAUUUGAAAAAAAAAUUUCCAUCGUAUAACAUGUCACACCUCGUUUUUUCAAUUUUCAAAAUGGGGUAGAGUUGAAAAAGGGGUAGAGUUCAGAUUGGGGGAAAGUUCAGGAAAGGGGGAGAGUUCAGGCUCAACCGACUUUUUUCAGCCCAGCCAGUCUGCUCAUCGUGCCAACUUUCUAAAUCAUCUAAUGGAGUAUUUAACCGAUCAAACUCUCCGAACGCUAAAGUUUCCCCACUGUGAACAAUACAUUCGAGAGGCGUUUCCCUUUCAAGUUUCCAAAAUUGCCUACGAAGCGGAGAUGCAAGACAAGGAGCGAUUUGAUCAGCUGAAAGCAAAAUUCUUCGAAGAAGGAAACGAGAUUAAGAAAACGGCUGAACGUAUGCUGCAAAACGCGAACUUCAAGCAGAAUCGGACCCGACAGAUUUAUCUGGACAGAUUGGCGAAGAAUGAGUUCAACUUCUUGGAUCAGCCAAUUCUGACGGGAGAUGUGCUGAAUGAAGUGGAUGUGCGGCUUUGGGAUGCGCCGUUUUUGAGGAGAUUUAAGAAUGGAAUAGCCCAUAUUUUCAAGCUCAACUCGGUGAUAAAGCUGAAGAAUUUUGUCCUCCCAGAGUACAGCGUAGGUCUAUUCGCAAUAGGAAGUAACACGUCAAUCCAGCGCAUUUCCUGAACCGUUUCGAAACUUCGUAUUGUUCUACUAAUCGCGCUCAAAAGUCCUGACAAUUUUCGCACUGUGCAUUCUUCUUUCAUUUCGCAUUUGUCGCCGCGAUUUCCCAUUUUUGCAUUAGCGACGCACGUCAAACUGAGAUAAGCUAAAACAGUCCGGUGAAUGGAUCGGCAAUUUGCGAAAAAAAACGCGAAAAAACGUUUUGUCGGGGAAGAAAUGGGGAAUUUUUGGGGCGAGAGAGUACGUUUUUGCGUGCCUUUUUUCUCUCUUUCUCUGCGAAAUUAGGACGAAGUGUAAAAAACCAAUAGCGAAGAGUCUGUUCCGGUCACCGGACUCCUCAGCUUGACGUGCGACGUCCAAAGCCCAAUGUUUCGCACGGUGCGAAAAUUGUCAGGACUUUUGAGCGCGAUUAGUAUUCCAACAGAAUACUUUUUUCGGUUACGUCCGAGCCUUGAAUUGGCACUCUUUUUUAGCUAGCUCUCGUGCUUCGUAUUUCUUCUGAGACCUUGUUCAAGUCUACAAAAAUACAAUCGCAAUCCUUUUUGAGCAACAUUAGUUCAAAACCGUUUUUUCUAAGUACUAGUCGCGGAAAAAAGUCCUGGGAAUUUCUCGCGGCCCCCAAACUCCGUCGCGCUCCGAAAAGUUGAUUUGUCGCGGGAAUCGCGCGCGACAAUAAGGCAAAAUCAACAAAAUCACUGUGCAAAUGCACUUUUCGGGUUCAUGCACAGUGCAGAGCCGCCGAAAAUUCCCAGGACUUUUUUUCGCGACUAGUAUUAAUAUGGGAUAGGAAAAACAGUAUGGUUUUCCAUUUUUUCAGGAAUAAAAUUUUGAUAUUUUAUAAUAUUUUCAGGCUACGAUAUUCCACACUCCGGAAAACCAGAAAAUUUACUUUUUCUUUGGCACUGUUGACUUUCCACACUACGAUGUUGACUUUCCCGCGUCUCUCGAUUUCUCCGGAACAGGGUUUUUGAUGGCCAAGGCAUUAGGCGAAACCAUUGGCAAGUGAUGAAAUUUACCUUAAAAAUAAUUUCCCGUUUUUUAGGAGUUGAAAUGCUGCAAAGUGACAAGGACCCGGACAAGGAGCAUCGUGCUCGGUGGGACUGUAUUACAAAGCUCUACAGUCAACAAUGUGAUCCGCAAAGACUGGACUCUUGUGUCGAUGAGCAAAUUAUGGUUCAUGUUGGUGAGUAUUAGCCGCAUUACGGCAGGACUAGAUAAAAAUUCCUGGGUGCCUGUUUUCCCUGGAAGUUAACCGAAGCAGCUGGGGCGCUAAAACAAGUCGUGAAAAGUUUGCAUAAUUGAGCUGCCGGUGAUUUUUCUUUCUGAACCGUUCUUGCGCAACUUUACGUCUUUCCAUUUUCAUUCUGCAGCGGCGGAAAAAAGAGAAAUUUUUGCUCCGACCACAAGCCUCAAAACAAGCGUCCACACGUUUUAGACUUACAUUAAGUUCAUUUUAGGUAUUCGUCUGGCCUAUUCUUCCUACUUCGCCCUUGGAAAUAUCUCGGAGCCCCGAUUAAUUCCACAGUUCUCUAACAAACAACUUUUUUUCAUCAACUUAGUCCAGACAAUGGCGUCUUGGACAAUGAAUCGUCUUCCGCCAGCUCCAGUCCGUGUUUGGGGAGGCCUUGCCAAUUUUAAAGGAUUUGCCGAGGCUUUUGGGUGCCCUGUUGGUUCGAAAUACAACCUUCCAGUGGACAAAAGAUGCAAUAUCUUUGACUUUGACCUCGAUAGCCCAAGUUUCACGACGACGACCACCACCACCACAACUACAACGACCACUACAACAACUACUACAACGACUGCACCAACUUCCACUGCCGUAACUGACGCAACUCCUCAUCCCAGUACAAACACCCCACCGGCACCUGAACGAACUACUCCCUCUGAGCCAAGAACUACUACCUCUCCGCCUUCGCCGAACCCAGACGAUAACCACACCGAGUAUGGAGAAGCUGUCCUAUUGUCUCCGCCGUAUUUCUUAUAUCUCCUUUUGGGAUUUGCCCAUAUUAUGAUCCAAUAA